UCGGACUCGGUCAUGUCGUCGAAUAGCACAGAGCCGCAGACGCCCGUCAAUGGACUGGAGGUGCCCAGGGUGCUCAACAUAGGCCCGUUGGCCACGUCGAACCAGUGGAAGCGCGCCGCUUUGAUGGCCAAAGCGGCGUCGGCCUGUCGCGAGACCAAUUCGGAUGACAGCGAAGACGAGGUGGACACCAAGCAGCAGAUCAAAUAUGGCAGCGGCUUCCAAGCAGCCAAGGCCAUCAUCCAUGAGUACUGCGACUACAGCACGAUUCACGGCAUCCGGUAUCUGGGCGAGAAGAAGCGGCCGUGGCUGGAGCGUCUGUUUUGGGUCAGUGUGUUUCUGCUCUCGAUUUUCACCUGCUUCAAGCUGACCAUGAACAUCUGGGACAAGUGGAACAACAAUCCGGUAAUUGUCAGCUUUGCCGAGAAGUCGACGCCCGUCUGGCAGAUACCCUUCCCCACCGUCACCGUCUGCCCGGAAAACAAGUCGCGUCAGACCAAAUUCAACUUUACCGACGCCUAUUGGCGCAUACGCGACUUUGCCAAUAAUGUCAGCGGAGUUAGUGACUUUAAUGACUACGACCAUUUGUAUUAUGAUGCUGUGAGCCAGGUGUGCGAUCCACCUCUGCAUGACAUCACUUUGGGCCAAAACAGACGCAAGGGCAUUGAGAUUAUUGAUACGCUUAGCGACUUGAAGCCCUUGUUUGAUGACACCUAUUUGGACUGCAAGUGGCGCAAUUCGCCCAUCAAGUGCAAGGAGAUCUUUCACAAGUUCGUUACUGAGGAUGGCGUCUGCUACAGCUUCAAUGCGCUGAGUCCAGCUGAGAUCUAUCGAGCCGAGGGCAUCAUAUCCGAUAUCAUAUUUCGCGAGGAGAACCGCUUCACCACCGAGUGGAAUGUGGAGGAUGGGUACAGCCUCAGUGCUAACACAGAGACCUAUCCGCAUCGUGUGUUAGGCCCUGGCGCCAAGGCGGGCUUGUAUUUGUUUAUGGGCGGCAUCGAGGAGGACUUUGAUGAUAUGUGCCGUGGACCCGUGCAGGGCUUUAAGAUACUGCUGCACACGCCUGGUGAGGUGGCGCAGACAUCGCGUCAAUACUUUCGCAUACCCUUCGACCAGGAGGUGCUCAUUUCCAUACGACCCAAGAUCAUCACCACCUCGGAUGGCCUGAAGCACUAUGAGCCGCACAGGCGGCAGUGCUACUUCCAGUCAGAGCGGCAUCUGCGCUACUUCAAUAUCUACUCGCAGACCAACUGUGAGCUGGAGUGUCUGGCAAAUUUCACGCUCGCCAAGUGCGGCUGUGUUAAGUUCUCUAUGCCGCACAAUGUAAAUGUGCCCGUUUGUGGACUCGGCAAGUUGAGCUGCUAUAACGAGGCUGAGGACGAGCUGCUGCUCAAGGAGUUCGAGCAGGGCUUGGUCACCGAGGCCGAGAAUGUACGCGGCCAAACGGACUGCAACUGUUUGCCCUCCUGCACCUCGAUUGCCUAUGAGGCGGAGAUAUCACAGGCAGAUUUCGACUACAAAACAGUUGCCAACAAGGACAAAUCGGGAGGUGAUGCGGAGACUAAGCGCGAGGGCAUGAAAAUGUCGCGCGUUUCCAUAUUCUUCAAGGAGGCGCAGUUCCUGACCUCACGUCGCUCUGAGCUCUAUGGCACCACCGACUUUUUGGCCAACUGUGGGGGUCUGCUGGGUCUCUUCAUGGGCGUAUCCACAUUGAGCAUUGUGGAGCUGGUCUAUUUCUGUACGGUGCGUUUGAUAUCCAACUUGCGUAUGCGCCGCAAGACACGCAAGGAGCUGUCCCUGGCCGCCAGCAAGGAGGCCUGAAUAAGGACUGCCGCUUAUCAAUAAACCAGUGGCAAUUCGUAAAGGAUGCACUUCAGUCGUCAUCAUCUCUCUCUCACUCUCUAUGUGUGUGUGUGUAUG